AUGUCUUGUCUCCGAUCCCAGCAGCGCUGGGCCAUUUUCCAACCCGCAGAAGAACCCGCGAAGCCUCGAACGCUUCACGAGAAUAAGCCGCGUCAAGCACGCGUUUCGUCUGACCUGUGCAAUGUGCGCACGACCAAUAAUCUACCGCCGCUGAACGACAUCCGUGAAUGGGAAGAACCUAUCGCGGAACGCGCGCGCCCCUCUUGGGCAGAUGCCGAUUCCAUUCGCUCGAAAGAGAACAAAUACCUCUAG